ACGCAAGCUACGGGCAGGGCGGGUGAGCUGGCGACCGACUGAGAUUGCCGUGAUGUUUCUGCACCUGCGCUGAAUCCCGACUCAAGAUGAAGCUCUUGAACAUCUGGAAAGCCGCCUGGGCGCUGUCUGGAUUGCAAUUGAUCCGGACGGGUCUUUGCGCAGAGGACGCCAGCAGCGACUCCGAUUCACCCUCUGCCGUGGUCCUGAACGUGCAGAAGGAUGGUGGCAAUGAAUCCAGCCCCCUUUUGUACGGGAUCAUGUUUGAGGAAAUGGACCACUCCGGCGACGGCGGAAUCCACGGGCAACUGUUGCAGAACAACGGCUUCCAAGGCACCAAGGCGGGAUUGACGGCCUACUGGGCCAUCGGAGAGGUGGAUAUCCUGCAGGACGAAGCCAAUCCUCUCAGCGACGCCAUCACAUCCACGCUGCAGGUGCAGGUGAUGCCGGAGGAGACGGACUUUGUCGGGUUCGCCAACGGAGGCUACCAGGGCGUGCCGGUGAUGAACGCGACCUACCGAUGCGAAUUCUGGAUGAAGGGUGAAUACUCCGGCCCCGUCACGCUGCAGCUGGUGGGAACGUCCAGCGGGACUGUCUAUGCGUCGCAUGAGAUGGCAGCGAACAGCACCUGGCGACGAUUCACCCGAUACGAGACGACCUUCAAUGCCACCGCGUCCCCGGACGGCGACAAUGACUUUCGGCUAUUGUUUGACGGCUCGAAGGUACCGGGCAUGUCGCUGAAUUUUGGGCUGGUGCAGUUGUUUCCGCCGACGUAUCAUUCGAGAAUCAAUGGGCUGCGAAAUGACCUGGCGACGGUCCUGGAGGCUAUCAGACCUUCGUUUCUGAGAUUUCCCGGAGGCAACAACCUCGAGGGACUUGAGAUUGACAGCCGAUGGGCCUGGAAUCGCACGAUUGGGCCGGUGGUGGAUCGACCAGGAAGAGACAGCGACUGGUUCUAUCCCAACACCGAUGCACUAGGCCUCGAUGAGUAUCUCUGGUGGUGUGAAGACAUGGGAAUGGAGCCCGUGCUGGCUGUCUGGGACGGCAAAUCCUACGGGGGCAUCUUGGUCGGGUCCGACCUUCAACCGUACGUGGACGAUAUCAUGAACGAGCUCGAGUAUCUGCUCGGUCCGUCAAACAGCACGUAUGGGAGAAUGCGCGCGCAGAACGGACGAGAGGAGCCCUGGUCCGUUCGAUAUAUCGAGAUCGGCAACGAGGACGAUUACACCGGGGGAUGCGAGUCCUACCCCGAUCGCUUCACGCAGAUCUACGAUGCAAUCAUCCGAAAGUAUCCACACCUCACCAUCAUCGCCUCGACCAUCGACAAGGUCUGCCUGCCACUGAGCCCGCCGCCGGGGAUCCUGUACGACUACCACUACUAUCGCAAACCGGACGAGUUGGCGGCCAUGUUCAACGAAUGGGAUAACCAGCCGCGAUCCGAGCCAGUGAUUAUCGGGGAAUGGGGAUGUCGCAAUACCACGGCAGAGCGUGGAGUAUUCUGGUCCUUCGUGCAAUGCAGCUGCAGCGAAGCAGUGCAUAUGAUCGGGAUGGAGCGCAACAGCGACGUGGUCAAGAUGUCGGCCUACACGCCACUGUUGCAGCACUUUGGCUUCACCCAGUGGUCGCCUACGCUGUACGGGUUUGAUUCCAGCCCCGGAUCCAUCACGCCGUCGACAUCGUACUACGUGCAGAAGAUGUUCUCCACCAACCGGGGAACAACCGUGCUGCCCGUCAACACCACGGCGAAUUUCGGACCUUUGUACUGGGUGGCAUCGAGGGACAAUGGCACGUACUACGUGAAGUUGGCCAACUACGGCGAGGAAAAGCAGACCGUCCAUAUCAACGUGCCAGCCACUCGCUCGGGGAGGUUGGAGAUGCUGUCGGGCCCUCGCGAUGCCAGUAAUCAGCCACACAACGUCACCAUCCAGCCCACGCUGCAUAAUGUAACAAACCCGGCGGGGAAUUACACGGUGGAUUUAGCGGCGUGGGGGGUCGCCGUAUUGGCUGUCUCGUAGCGAGUCGUUGAGAGCCUUUUCUGGAUGCGCAAUGACCCGAUUAUGCAUGAUAUCUAAGAUUCGAAUACCGGCG